AUGUCCGAACGCAAAGUUCUAACCAAAUACUACCCCCCCGACUUCGACCCGUCCCUCGUCGGGCGCGCGCGCAAACCCAAAGGCAGCGCCGCACAACAAGGCCCCAAAGUGCAAACCGUGCGCCUCAUGGCGCCCUUCUCGCUGCGCUGCGUCGCCUGCGGCGAGUACAUGUACCGGGGGCGCAAGUUCAACGCGCGCAAAGAAACCCCGCCCGGCGAGCGCUACCUCGGCAUCCAGCUGUACCGCUUCUACAUCCGCUGCACGCGCUGCUCGGGCGAGAUCAGGGGGUUGAGUGAGGGGGAGGGUGCUGGGGAGGAGACGGAUGAGCAGAGGCUGGAUCGGUUGGAGAGGGAGAUGGCUGAGGCGGAGGGGGAGGAGGAGAGGAAUGCGAUGGCCGAGUUGGAGGCUAAGACGGAGGAUGCGAAGAGGGAGAUGGCGGUGGCGGAUGCGUUGGAUGAGAUUAGGAGUCGGAAUGCGAGGUUGGAGAAGGCGAAUCGGGAGGGCGGGGGGGAUGUGUUGGAUGCGGUGGUGGCUGGGGUGGUGAGGCCGGAGGAGGAGGAGAGGAGGAGGCAGGAGGAGGAGGAUGCCGAGGCGGCGAGGAGGGCGUUUGCGUUUGUGAGGAGGCAGGAUAUGCUGGAGGAGGUGAUGGAGGAGGAUGGGGAGGGGGAGGAUGUGGUGAACGGGGGUGGUGUGGUGAAUGGGAACGGGGUUGGGUCGGGGUCUGGCUCGAGUUCGGCGACCGUGUCAACGUCCGAUUCAAGACCACACUCGGCCGCGGCGACCCCUGAGAUGCCGCCGCCGCCGCCUCCGAGCUUCAAGCGGCAGGUCAAGAAGAAGAAGGACCACGCUGCGUUACUGGGCAUCAAGAAGAAAAAGCCGCUAGUCUGA